AUGAAUUAGAAAUGUUUUUAUACUUGGUUCCAAUUAUUAUUAAAAAGAGAUUAAGCUAUUGUAUUAGAUUAAUCUAAUUGGCUUGCAUUUGUUAGUGAAGUUUUGGAUGUUAUUUGUGGCUUUUAGAUUGAUAGCAUUAAUUAGGAAGGUGAUAUAUUUUAAAGGCAACAAAUUUAAUCAAUAAUUGAAUUAUUCUAAAAGCUAAUCUCAAUUCUAAAAAACUUUGAUGAUUCAAGCAUUAAUGAAUUAUUGAAGUUUAUAUUUUUAGUAUUUCUAAUUUAUAAUUCAAAAGGUAUGUAGGGAUAUUCCAGAAAUAGAAUAACUGACUUUAUAAAUUGAUGAAUAGGAUCAAUAUUAGAUAUUUAAAUAAAUAAAUCUUGCAGAUAAUCAAAUUAUGCAAUUAAGCUUUUCUAAAUAUGAACUUCUCUAAUUAAUCGAACAUGUUGAAGAAAAGUAUAAAUAAACCAAGGAAUAAUUGGAAUAAAUUACACCAUAAUUUCAAAAAGCAGAAGAAAACCUUAAAAAAUCAAUCAUUGCAAAAGAGGAAGAAAAUAAAAUACUCAAGAAAUGUAAAUUUGUUUAAUAUUUAAUUUAAGAAAUUGAAGAAUUAAUUGGAGAAAUUGAUCAAUUAAAUAUAAUCAAUGCUGAUUUAAAAAUCAAUUUAAAUUAAAUUCAUAUGUAAAAGCAAUCUAAUCCUGAUCAAAGUUAGUUGUUGUAAUAUUUAUAAAGGUAAAUUCAUAAGAAAAUUAUUUAGAUAACAUAGUGUGAUAGAGGAAUAAGAGCGUGAAUUGGAAGAAUUACGUAAGAUUUUUUCAAAAAAACAAAUGAAUAAUAUAUUUUAAGAUAAAGAAAAUUAUAAUAAUAUUUAGACAUUAGAAAAUAAAGUAUUUCUAUAUACAGAAAAAUUAAGGGAAUUAAAUUAAUAAUUAUAGGCUCAAAGAACCGAUGUGGUAAGAUUAGAAAUUGAAAAAUCUUUUUAAGAGAAAUAAUAUUAUGAAAAGUUAGAAUAAAAAGAUUAAGAAAUAAAAAAACUUAAAUUAGAGAUAGAUGAAAUAUAGAAGCAAAAUUAAAAAAUGUAAUAUGAAUUAACUGCUCGAUCAAAGAUUAUUUCAUUUCAUUCUCAAUCAUCUAAAUAAAUAUUAGCUCAGGAACUUUAGGAUAGUCAACUGAAGACUCAAAAUUUAGAAAAGAAUUUUUCUGAUCUAAUAUAAGGAAAUCCUGUUUAUUAGGCUUAAAUUGAAGAAUAAUAUUUAGCAGAUAAAGAAUAAUAUAAUUAAAUAAUUGAAAAUUUAAUGACAGAUUUAAAGAAUUAUGAAUAACUGAAUUAUGACCUUAAAAGAGAAAAUAAUUAAAUUUAAUAAAAUUACUAACAUUUAUUAAAGAUUAAAUAUGAAACAAAUUUGAGCCCAAAAAUAAAGAAAAUUGAACUUUAAAAUGAAUUGCUAAAAAAGAUAGUUGAUGCAUUUAUUUUAACAAAUUAAUAAAGUUGA